AUUCACAGGAAAAGCUCCAAGGUUGACAAUCUGUUGUUCAAAUUGGAAAAGAUGAGAGGCGAACAGGAGACUCACAGCUCGGCCUCUAAUCUUCAGCUCACCUUUACUGGCUUCUUUCAUAAAGAUGGGAAGCCAUCUCAGGACAGUGAGAAUGAGCAGAACUCUGUAUCUCUGGAGGUGCGGCUGGUCAAAGUCUGUCACAAGAGAGAAAGGUGUGAUGUGAGCUGCCCCGUAAAGCAGGUCCCUACAGGGAAGAAGCAGGUUCCUCUGAACCCGGACACGAGCGCUGGAGUCCAGGCCAAGCCAGGCUCCUUCGCCUCCCUGCUGGUUCCCAGCAGCGAGUUUGAACCCAGCAAUUCUCACAUGGUCAAGUCUUACUCGCUGCUCUUCAGGGUAUCAAGGCCCGGACACCCCCGGACACAGAUCAACGGCCUGGCCAACGGAGAGAAUCACCACGACAGAGAUUUUACAGAGGAAGUGGUGAACAGGAAGAGGAGGAGCUCCUCUCUCAGGGAGGAGGGAGAAACCACAUUUGUGGCCCAGAUGACGGUCUUUGAUAAAAACAGACGUCUGCAGUUGUUAGAUGGGGAGUAUGAGGUGUCUAUGCAAGAGAUGGAGGAGUGUCCUAUCAAUAAGAAGAGGGCAACAUGGGAGACCAUCCUGGACGGAAAGUGUUUGCCUCCAUUUGAGAGUUUCUCUCAGGGUCCCACCCUGCAGUUCACCCUGCGCUGGACCAGCAACUCCUCUGAUCGCUCCACCGCCCCCGUGGCUAAACCUCUGGCCACCCGCAACUCUGAGACCAACCAGGACACCAGACCCAGCACCCCGAGAGCCACACACACACUCGCUGUUAAAGAAUCCAUAAAUGCUGACGUGCAAACCAGAAGAGAACAAAUAUCAGCUGAUCUGCGACAGAAACUACGCAUCUUCUACCAGUUCCAGUACAACCACAACACGCGGCAGCAGACGGAGGCCAGAGACGACCUCCACUGUCCCUGGUGUACCCUCAACUGCAGGAAGCUCUACAGUCUGAUUAAACACCUCAAACUGUCUCACUCCCGCUUCAUCUUCAACUACGUGCCCCAUCCUAAAGGAGCGAAGAUCGAGGUCUCCAUCAACGAGAGUUAUGAUGGUUCAUAUGCAGGAAACCCUCAGGACAUCCACAACCAGCCGGGCUUCGCUUUCAGCAGGAACGGCCCGGUUAAGAGGACCUCUGUCACCCACAUUCUCACCUGCAGACCCAAGAGGACGAAGGCGAGUCUGUCCGAGUUUCUGGAGUCGGAGGACGGCGAUCGGGAGCAGCAGAGGACGCUCAUCAGCGGACACAACCGCCUCUACUUCCACAGCGACAGCUGCGUGCCGCUACGGCCUCAGGAGAUGGAAGCGGACAGCGAGGACGAGAGGGACCCCGACUGGCUCAAAGAGAAUACCGUCAAGCAAAUCGAGGAGUUCACCGACGUCAACGAGGGGGAGAAGGAGAUCAUGAAGCUGUGGAACCUCCACGUCAUGAAGCAUGGCUUUAUAGCGGACAAUCAGAUGAACAAGGCCUGCCUGCUGUUUGCCGAAAACCACGCCGCCCACAUCGUCAAACACAAGCUGUAUCGCAACUUCCUGCUGCACCUGAUCAGCAUGCACGACUUCAACCUGGUCAGCACGCUGACCAUCGACCAGGCCAUGGCCCGGAUCCGCUUCAUCAAGAGCCAGGCCGCACAGAGAGGCAAGGACGAUGAGGAGGAGGAGGAGGAGGAAGAAGAAGAGGACUGGGAGACGGCUGUGGAGUCCCAACCAGAGCUGGAUCCAGAUCCCGAUCUUGAUCCAUCUGAGUAUAAACCCUGUAGUGAUGAGACUAGUAACGGCUGCCUGGAGAAUGGAAACCAGCUGCAGGAGGAGGAGGAGGAGGCGGGUGGAGGAACUGUGACGGAGAGGUCGACCACCAAGCAGAAACUCUCCGGUUCUGUUAUAAACUGACUGCUCAAUCGGAGAAUCACAAAGAUAGUUUUUUCAUUUACAUCAGGUAGACCCUUCAGAGGGGUUUAUCAUUUCAUUACUUGGGGAAGGUGAGGAGUUUCGGAAAACGUGAAGCUAAGAAUCACCAUUAUUUUCUUGUGUCCUCACAGAAACCGUAGAUGUAACAACCGGGUUUUAGUUCAUAAUCAAUUUCCUGGCCUGUGAGGAGCCACGGCGGCCGCAUCCUUUUCCUUUUUAAUAACCAGCCCACAAAGUUUAUUAACGACGGAACAAGCACAAGACACAUUCACCCUUUAGUUUGCAUUUGUAGGGACCCAUUUUGUAGAGUUAAAAGAUAAAGCUGGCGAUAUUCUGUAUUUUACUUAUUGUCAAAAAAAUCCCCAUUAGAUCAAAACUAAUCAUGUCUCUUACUUACCAAAUCUUUAAAAAAAAA